CAACCCUUUCUCUAUGAUACACACAGCAGCGCAUAGAUACGAACACCUCCCAUCUCCCGUCUCUCCGUACUCGAGCCACAGCCGGCCCCCACCUUCCGACGGCGAUGGAUGCGUACCACCGCUACAUGAGGCCGCCGCCGCCGCCACCUCCUCCGCCGCCGCCGCCGCCGUCGACGGCGGAUCCCUACCACCAGUACCAGCAGCAGCAGCCCCCGCCGCCGCCGCCGCCGCAUCCUCAUCAAGGCCCGUGGUACCCCAAUCAAUUCCACUACCGGUCUCCGUCGCCGCCGCCUCCGCAGUCGCAGCAGUGGGCGCAGCCGCCGCCUCCGCCUCCUCCGGGAUCGGUGCCUUAUCCCCCUCACCACGGCCAGUUCGCCCCUCGGCCUCACCUCCCCCCGCCUCCUCCUAUUCCUCCUCCUCCUCAUGCGGCGUACCCUAAUUCGUAUCCUCCGCAGGAAUGGGGCAAUCCGAACUGGGCUUACCAGCAAAAUUGGAACCAUCCAGCAGCACAUAGCAAUUCCGAAGAUUGGGCUGCCAGGGCUAAAGCUUGGGCAGAUGCCAAAGCUGCCACGGAAAACCAACAAGCUCAGUCGCAAUAUGCACCACCAGGCAGGAUGGAUGAGCAGAACCAUUAUCACAUCCCAUAUCCGUCUGCACUGGACUCUCACUAUACGGAAAAUCAUCACCAGCCACUAGCUGGACAGGGCCAUCAGCAACAUUCUCUUUCAGCCGCACCCCCACAAGGGCAACCGUUGUAUACGCAGGAGAUUACAUCUGUCAGUUCUGGGCCAUCAGCUUACCUUCCGGAUGGAAGUUCACCCUUCCCAGCUAGAGAUGGAGUAACUGGACAUGCAAACUCGGUACUACGCCAACAAGAUUCUUUGCCGACCAACGUAUCUGUUCAUCAGCAGGAGGUACCUUCUAGUUAUUCUUCUGUUUCAGGUCAAGAAGACAGGGCAGAUCAAAGGCUGCAUUGGCAUGUUUCUGCAGGUCAGGAAAAUAUGCACCACCUGCAACCAUCAAGGCCUGCUAUUACUGGAUCAGUUCCAUCUGGACAGCCCUUUUCAUAUGGCAAUCAACUAGCUGAGCCUGUGACUGAUCUUGCUGAUCAGCCAUUGCAAUUUACUCCCAGAUUUACUCGGGAUCAAGAUUCACGUCAGCAGCCUGGUUAUGCUCAUCACCUUAACCCUGCAGCUUCAGCUUCUGUGAAUACUUGGACCUCGUCUGUGGUUCCUGAUGCGGUUUACCCUUCAGUUCCUUCAGUUAAUCCACCAGGGCCUCAGCACGAUCCCUCCGUACCAUCUCCUCUCUCUGGACAAGGAGCAACACCAUUUGCAAGAUUUUCUGGAACAAGCUUUCAGCCUACAGUUCCAUCUCCUGGUGGCCCUUUCAGUCUGGGUGCAGGAACAGCAUUACCUCCUGCUGCAUCCUUUGCUGGCGAUGCUUAUGGUGUUUCUAAUAUAUCCGAGCGUCCCAAAAAGGCUCCAGUGCCUAAUUGGCUUAGAGAGGAGAUAAUUAAGACAAAAGCUUCCAUUUCAAGUACAUCUCUGGGGCAUGCUAAAGUUGAAUCUCAAUCCCUAGAAGAUGAAGAAGCAGAUAAGUCAUUCCAAAUGGGCGACCAAGGAGAAGACAAAAGCAUUGACACGUCUAGGUCAACUGAAGAAGAUGAUGAUGAUGAGGAUUAUGCAGAAGCUGCCAGAACUGUGGCCAUUAACCAAGAAAUCAAGCGUGUUCUAACUGAAGUUCUUUUGAAGGUGACUGAUGAGCUUUUUGAUGAAAUAGCAACAAAGGUUCUUAAUGAAGAUGAUCCGGUAACUGAUGACCGUAGGGUCUCACCAUCUGCCCGUUCUGGCCCUAUUCCAAAAUCACCUGCAAAGCUUCCAGUUUCACUUGACAAUAAGGAAUCAGAGUCUGAAGAUGUUAGUGAAAAGUCUAGUUCCAGCUCCCCAGGGAAUAUCUUGGGUCUGGCAACUUAUGCCUCUGAUGACGACGACGAUGUCAGGGACAAAAAAAUGCGCAGCUCCAGUGCACCAACUCUUGCAAAAGGUGUUGCUCCGAUGAUCCCAGGUGGUGAAAGGGAUCGAAAUGGUGUCAAUAAGGCCCUUGAGAAUGGCCUGCCACCAAUUAAAAUUGAAGACGGUAAUAGGGUUCAGGUGGAAAUGGAGAGUGGCUCCACCAAAGUCAAUGCUUCCAAAAGGAAAAACAGCACUGAUGGUAUUGGCUCAAGUGUCAAUAAGGCAGAUGUGACGGCGCAGUUAGCUUCUGGAGGCGCUGUUGACGGGAUGGAUUUUAAUCGUAAAAAGGUGUACGAAGAUGUCAAUACUUCUGGGUCAGGGGAUCCCAUGAAAGAUGAUGUCUCAAUGAAGUCAAAACAUCAUAGUGAGAACGUUGUAUCAAAACUCAAGCCAGAUAAUUCUCAAGAUAAAGAGACCAGAUUCAGAUCAAGCGGAGGUGAUUCAGAUGGUAAAGUUAAAGUGGAUUUGAAGAUGGAUGAGAAGCAGAGAACAGAUGAAAGGGGUCUAAGGAAGGAAAGGACAGAAAGGUUGGAUUCCAAAGAGACGCCGGAGCUACGUAAAUCUGAGGAUAGAGUGAAGGAAUCCCAUUCAAGGAGCAGAACAAAUGAUGUUGACGGCAGGGAGGAUAGAAAGGAGGCAGAGCGAUCCUAUAGGUCUAGUGCCAAAGAAGGUGACAAAAGAAAUGAAAGGUCAAAGCAUAAGGAGGAGGACAGGUUGGGGAAAGAGCAUCCGAAUGAUUUGAGAAGGCAUAAGAGAAGACGUUCCUCUUCAACUGGUAGUGGAGGUAGAAAUAGUAAGGAAAAUUCACAUGCAAAAAGUUCAAGUGACGAUGCUUCUGACGAUUCUAGAAGGAAGUCACGUUCCCGGAAACGAGACCUCUCACCUUCUCCUGUUAGGUCACGAAGAAGUGUGAUGGAUGUCUCAUUUUUAGACCAUCGAGAUCCCCACAUAGCAAGCAUUCUCAGCGCAGGCAUUCUCCCUACUCUUCUCUUGGGAAUACUAGGGGAAGGAGAAGGUCGAGGUCUAAAUCACCCAUCAGAAGGCCAAGAUGACGAGAAGAUUGGUUUUAAGUUUGAAACGAGUGCUCUAGUCACCGUGGUUGCCGAUGAUUCCUUUACCCUCUUACUAUGCCCGAGCAUCAUGGUCUUCAUACAUCAUGGGCGCGGGGAAAAGUAAAGACGUGAAUUCUACAGUGAUCAAAAGAGUGCCCUGUUGGCUGCGAGAUGAUCCAUCUCCUCUCUGUCAUCUCCUAGCAAUUCUGUUUUAUUUUCCCAUCUGUAAUUUACAGUCAAAAUGAGAGAAAUUAGAAUCCUCAUUCGUGUA